UUUGUCGCUCUUCUAGAAGCCCAUCCCCCUAGCAUCUUCACAGGGAAGAAUUCAGUGUGGAUAGGGGCCGCGCCGAGACAGCUUGGUGGCCGGACCAGGACACAAAAUACCGAAGAUGGCUUCACCGAGGACAAUAACAAUUGUGGCCCUGUCUUUCGCUCUAGGACUUUUUUUUGUCUUCAUGGGUACUAUAAAGCUCACACCAAGAUUAAGCAAAGAUGCGUACAGUGAGAUGAAAAGGGCCUAUAAGAGCUAUGCCAAAGCCCUGCCAGGUCUGAAGAAAAUGGGCAUCAGCUCGGUGCUGCUCCGUAAGAUCAUUGGCUCGUUGGAGGUGGGAUGUGGUGUGGUUCUGACGUUGGUGCCGGGCCGACCCAAGGAUGUAGCUAACUUUCUGCUCUUACUGGUCAUGCUGGCUGUCCUCUUCUUCCACCAACUGGUGGGAGACCCUCUGAAACGGUACGCACACGCCCUGGUGUUCGGCAUUUUGUUGACCUGUCGCCUGCUCAUAGCCCGCCAGAGUGAGGAUCGGCCCGAGAGGGACGAAAGCAGAGAGGAGCACAUCAAUGCCCAGGAAAAGAACAAAGUCAAGCAGUCCUAAUCGAGUUCCAGCGUCCAGUCUGGGAAGAGCAGCAGCAACAUGAAACCAUGUGCAUUUCUUUGGAUUUUAGCAAUUCAAAAGAAACACAGCUGCCACAAAGAGUGAAAUACCCUCCAAGUUGGCCAGGAUCUUGGUUUCACCUGCUCCCCUGUACCCCCCUGUACUCCCGUCCUGUACCCCCCUGUACUCCCGUCCUGUACCCCCCGGUACUCCCGUCCUGUA